AUGUCUCCGCCGGAGCAAUCUGCAGCUUCGUCCGGCCAGCCUGUCUUAGACGAGACGCUGUCUAGCAAACCUGAUGUUGAGGUGACAUCUGCUCAAGACCCUGCGAUAGGGAAGUCGGGUACUUUAGACAACGACGACCAUGGCUCGAAAUCAGAAGCCGAUCCUCAAGGAGAGGGAAACUUGAUCGACUUUGGCGAUCAGCCGGCCAACCAGUCGCAGGACGACACCGCUGACGCAGCCCCCCAGGAAGGGCCUUCAGAAACGGCUAAGGGAAAACAAAUAGCUGACGACCAGUCAACUCCGAGCGGUGCCUCAAACACCCGCAUCUCAGCUGCAUCCAAGAUCAAGCCUAUUACAUUGCCCCUGUCGAACGAUGCCACGACUCAGUACCUCACCGCCGAACCGUCCACGUAUGUUGACCCCACGCCAGCGACCCCAACGACUUCGCAGCCACCUUCGCGAACACCUUCAAAUGCUGCACGCUCCCACAUUUCUAGAGAUACCUCCCCCUCCAAAUCAGACGCCGGAUAUGAUGAGAAACGAUAUAUAAGCGAAGAUGAGCAAGAAGGUGGCUCCCGCUCAGAGAUCCAGAGCAUCAUGCAACAGUUCAGCGAGUUUGGCGGAGGCCCUGGUGAGGAAGAAGUCAUGAGCCCCAGACUGGAGAUCGCGUCGCCUAUGCUAGGACAUCCAUCUCAGCACCCUCCCCGAAAGUCGAGUCUGGAACCUCUUGCGCCUACUUUCUCGAAUCAGUUCAAAGGCUUACACAUCUCGACGAGUUCCCCUCCUGCUGAAACAUCAAACGAAUCUGCUGUCGAGGAUUUUGGGCCACCUGUUCCCCCUAAGGAUGGUGUACAUGGCACACCUCCACGGCCAAAGGUGGAACGAACCAUGAGCGUUGCUUCGCCUAGCUCGCCGGCACAAUCCCAUCGACCUCCUCCCCCUGAGCCCGAGCCAGAACCUACCCAGCCUUUCGACUUUCACAGAUUCCUGGAGCAGUUGCGAAACAAGAAGGCAGACCCUGUAGCAAGGUACCUCAAGUCGUUCCUUUCAGAAUUUGGCAAGCGUCAGUGGAUGGUCCAUGAGCAGGUUAAAAUCAUUGGAGAUUUCCUAGCUUUCAUUGCCAAUAAAAUGGCAAUGUGUGAGGUCUGGAGGGAUGCAUCUGAUGCUGAGUUUGACAAUGCUCGCGAGGGAAUGGAAAAGUUGGUCAUGAACAGACUGUACACCCAGACAUUUUCGCCCGCAAUUCAGGCUCCCAGACCGAUACCGGGGGCCAAACCAAAGCGUAAGGGCGGGGACGUUCCUCUCGGUCCUGGAAGACGAGGUCAGCACCAGGAAGAUGUUGAGAGGGACGAUAUUGUCAGGCAGAAGAUGAACAUAUAUGGCUGGGUAAGGGAAGAACACUUGGACAUUCCCCCAGUUGAGCUACUCAAAAUUAAGUCAUACAGGGCGCCGCGGGACAAGAUUAUAUGUGUCUUGAACUGUUGCAAGGUGAUCUUCGGUUUAUUGAAACAUAACAAGUCCGAUUCUUCGGCUGAUUCCUUUAUGCCCCUUCUUAUUUAUGUUGUUCUACAAUCGAAUCCAGAGCAUCUUGUGUCUAAUGUGCAGUAUAUUCUACGUUUCAGAAACCAGGAAAAGCUUGGGGGUGAAGCUGGCUAUUACUUGUCCUCAUUGAUGGGUGCUGUGCAGUUCAUUGAAAAUAUGGAUCGAACAACCUUGACAAUCACUGACAAUGAAUUUGAGAGGCACGUGGAAGAGGCCGUCUCGGCAAUUGCUGAAAAGCAUGCUCAAUCACCAAGAGUCGCACAACAGCCAGUCUUCAACGAGAAAUCCGAACAUCUCUCUGGGGAAACAUCGGCUCGCCCCUCUCUUGAUGGGCCGCGCCGUUCAACUUCGAACGACGAGUAUUCAGGCGAGGAGAAGGCUGCUAUUACCGGUCUUCUGAAGACCAUACAAAGACCACUCUCCAGCAUAGGAAGAAUGUUCUCUGACGAGCCUGGUCCUUCUCUCGGGGCGGGCCCCAGUAGUGCACCUCGGACUCCAGCACCGCAGGAACGUCAAAGUCUCGAGGGGCCUCUUGGGCCCCAGCAGCUAUCCACUAAGCAGGUGCUAUCUGCAGAAGAGGCUGCUGCACGACAGGCCAGUGCCGAGGCAGCUGAAGCUCAAAGACUUACGCGUGCAGAGCAUGCAAACGUAGUCGAGACACUGGCCGGCAUGUUCCCUGACCUUGACAAGGAGGUAAUUAGUGAUGUGGUGUACGAGAAAGAGGGCCGCGUUGGGCUGGCCGUCGACGCAUGCCUCGCUCUGUCAACAUGA